UAUCCCGGAAGUAAAAUCAUUUCUGAAGCUUGUGUCUGUUUGUACAUUGCUGAAAAUCCUCCGCAGGUAGUAAAACAGGAGCCAUAUGAAGAGUUAGCCAAAUUGAAUCUUAAACAAUAUAUUAUAAACAUACAUGCAUUGCAGAAGAUAAAGCAGCUUGUAAAGAGGACGCAAUUGUAUUGAUGUGGAAUUGGACCAGGUGUUAGAAUACGAAAGGAUUUCAGUCCAGCACAAGGUGUCGGGAUGAGCUUCUUCAGUUUCGGACAAAGUGCUGAAAUUGACGUGGUUUUAAAUGAUGCCGAGACGAGAAAAAAGGCCGAGCACAAAACAGAGGACGGGAAAAAGGACAAAUACUUUCUGUUUUACGACGGGGAGACAGUCUCUGGGAAAGUCAAUGUAACCCUGAAAAAUCCAGGGAAGAGGCUCGAGCAUCAAGGGAUCAAAAUAGAAUUUAUCGGGCAAAUCGAAUUGUACUAUGACAGAGGAAACCAUCAUGAGUUUGUCUCUCUGGUAAAGGAUUUAGCUCGGCCUGGAGAAAUGGCUCAAUCUCAGACCUUUGAUUUUGAGUUCACACAUGUGGAGAAACCGUACGAGUCCUACACGGGCCAGAAUGUAAAACUACGCUAUUUCCUGCGGGCAACCAUCAGCAGGAGACUGAAUGACAUCUGCAAAGAGAUGGACAUCGUAGUGCACACGCUCAGUACGUAUCCAGAACUCAACUCCUCCAUAAAGAUGGAAGUGGGAAUUGAGGACUGUCUACACAUUGAGUUUGAGUACAACAAGUCGAAGUAUCAUCUCAAAGAUGUGAUUGUGGGGAAGAUCUAUUUCCUAUUGGUGCGAAUUAAGAUCAAACACAUGGAAAUUGAUAUUAUUAAACGGGAGACAACAGGGACAGGGCCAAAUGUGUACCAUGAAAAUGACACCAUUGCAAAAUACGAGAUUAUGGAUGGAGCACCUGUCCGAGGUGAAUCCAUCCCCAUCCGUCUUUUUCUGGCUGGGUACGAGAUGACGCCCACCAUGAGGGACAUUAAUAAGAAAUUCUCUGUUCGUUAUUACCUGAAUCUCGUACUCAUUGAUGAAGAAGAGCGACGUUACUUCAAACAACAGGAGAUUACACUAUGGAGGAAGGGAGACAUUGUGAGGAAGAGCAUGUCCCAUCAGGCCGCCAUCGCCUCCCAGCGCUUCGAGGGCUCGGCAAGCUCAGAGAAAGCACUCUCUCAAGCUAAAGAGGACAGCAACUAAACCUAACCAUGUCAGCUAAUCGUCUCAUGUGUGUAUGUGUUAGAGAGAGUGUGUGUGCAUGGAUUUAAAGAAGGCGCGUGCUCCCAAAAUAGAUUGAGCAACGUAAACAUGAUAUUUCGCAUUCCUUAACAUUGCGGUUUAUGAUCAACAAGUUCUUAAGUAGCUUUUAAAAAAGGGAUGAAUGUGAAAAGCAGAAACACUGAUUCCAAAAAACACGAUUUGAUAUUUACAAAUUCUUCCUGGCGGUUCCUCUGAGAUUGUUUACUUUUGUUGUCCGCCACCCUGGAAUUAAUUGAUUUAUUGACCGUAUAUUUAAUUGAAGCAUUUCAGCAGUCCAUCUAGACAACACAAACACAUUCCAUCUCUAUCUUCCUUUACCAGCCUUUUUAAAGUUCUGUAUUGAAUGGUUUGUUAUUGUAGAUUUCUUCUUUCAUAACAUAUACAUUGCAUAAAGUGUUCAGUUUCUGUUUUCUAAUGAAAUGGUAUUUAACUAAUUCAUAUUUUAGUGAUUUUUUUUUAUAUAUAUAUAUAUAUGCUUACCAAUACAUGCCUUUUUACGUUUUGUUUCCAUUCCUGAAGAUAAAUUAUAAGCACUUCAGGGUUUUUGCCAAUGUGAUUUUAGUGUCUCAGGAGGAACCCUAAACUCCAUAUCAGCCUCAAAUUAAUCACACAUUUCAGUUUAGAUUCAACUAACAAACCAAAUUAAUUUCCCUACAAGUAUGUAGCUGAACUGAAAUGCACCUAUUUUAAAGUCUGACAGCUCCUUGCCAUAUUUUAAAAUGUAGGGGAAAAAAUUGAAAUUGAAUUCAGUAUUAUUGCUGUUAUAGUUUGGUUAUGGGAAACCAAAAUGUUUGACGUUGUUGGUUGAAAUUUCUUGGGUAACACUUUACAAUAAGGUUAACUAUUGAACAACCAUAUUUUAAAGUGUUACUACGUUGUCACAGGCUGCUUUGAUGUUUAAAGUUCUUUAAUUCCUGUCCGUGAAUAAUUUCUUGAAUUCAGGAGGCAUUAAUGUCUUUUUUUUUUUUAACCAACACUUGAGAUCAGCUCUCAUAUUACGUCAUUGCUCUAACCUUUUACUAACCAAUAUAUGACCUGCAAUCUUUGACCAUACCAGUGCACCUUAAGCUGUUAAAGUGAACAGGAUGAAGCAGAAGCAUUAACACUUAGCGCACUAUACGGGAUGUCCUGGAAGUGAUUGCACACCCAUUUUGAAAUUGCAACCCCAUAGACCUCAGUCAAAUAAGUGCCAUAUUUAAUUUUUGUCUGCGAAGGAUAGAACUACAGUGAGUUCAAUGAAUUAUACUGUUCUUUAAUAUCAAUCUGAUUGUUCGGCUGACGAAAUGUCUUGAUCUAAUACCUUAAGACAGUGCGUGCACAUGUAAAGACUGUAAAUCGAUCCCUCACAACCUCGUUUUCACAUGCAUUCAAUUUAAUAUGGCUUCUAACCUGACAAAGGUUUAUUACGGCUGCCUUUCAGAGCAGUGCUCUGUUAGUGGCUCUCACUGUUGUGAUUAUUUCUUGUCAUGUUAGGACCAUUGGAGGUGUUUA